AUGCCAAAUAAUCGCCGCAAGAAGAGUGGCGGUUUGAGUGCCCGUCGAGACUCUUCCACUCAGAAAGAGUCUAACACUGCUGCCAUACCUGAACCCACCCCUGUCGACGAUCGAGCAGCGUCGGUGAACGGAAUAGCCAGCGGCGAUGAUGCUCAGCCUCCAAUGAAUGGAUGCGUUGCACGAAGCUCAGUAAUGAACGGAAGCUUAGCUGCUAGUUCGCAAACUGAGAGCAGUGAUGUAGAGUCACUUUCGUCAGAUUCAUCCAGACGCAAUACGAUGUCAUCCUCUGGCGGCGAUCGAGAUGCUGCUCACAGCCGAUUGUCUGCAUCAAUACAUCAUCCAGCGUUCUCCGUUGAUCAGCGUAUUCGUAUGGUACACGCUCGUGAUGACAUACGAAGAAAAUUGGAGCAAAUCACGACUCGGUUGAAUCCACCGGUGGUCGCUUCGUCCACAUCAAAUGAUCAGAAGUCCACAUCAACGGUCUGUAGAGUAUCACCUUUGGCUGGUGGAUUUGCUUUUGUUCGUCGAUUUCAUGCCACCCAGCCAGACGUCAAUGAUCCAGAUAACUUUCUCGUCGAGAUGAUUUGGAGUGACGGUGAGCGUACCUUUGUUGGCCGCACUCGGAACGAUAUUAACACGCUGCACCAUCGUCUUCUGGACAUGUUCGGUGAAGAACGACGAGAAAUGAAACAAGCUCAGGAUGCAGAAACAGAACGGCCAGAGUCUGCAUCAUCUUCACGUACCCCGUCCCCCACCGCAACUGAUUCUAAUGCUACUCCAACUCCUGCUCUUGGAACGUCAGCAUUGCGGAUAUUACCGUAUUUCUCAAUGGAUUGCUCACCUGCCGCUGUUAUUCAGUAUAUAAAUGCUCUGUCAGACUUACCGGCGCGAAUGAUGCUCAGUUCGGUUAUUUAUGAGCAGUUCUUCUCCUCGAGGCUGAGUUCCGAGGAACUUGAGGUGGCAGAGCGUCCCACGCGGACAGCUUCACCCUCCUUGCAGCGCUAUGCCCAUCCGGCAUCUGCCCCACCAACAUUCCCUGUUGCAUCGGCUGCACUAGCGUACAGUUCCCGUGGAAUGGGAAUUCAGGAGUCAAAUUCGGAACCAAACGACGAAGUUCAAGCACUGGAAAAAAUUCCUCAGGCUCAGGUGCAAUUUCCGUCAUGCAGUAAUUGCGCUGGUCCGCACGCCUUCGUUCAGUGUACCAAAGAUACUCCGUUGCAGAAAGAUGGCGUCUUCCGCUUGGACUUUGGCGGCGGAAUUCAUGACAGCACAUGUCCAAAUUGCUCAGCCGUGGCUAUGGCAGCAGCAGCGAUUGGUCCACGUCCGACAGGCGUCGAGCAUUUCCCGAAUCUGCCACCAGGUUUGAUGCCGCCACCGGCGAUGAUGCCGCUAGUGCCAGGGAUGCCACUACUGACACGGCAUUUCUCUCCGUAUGUCUUUCGCCAGACACCUCCCCCAACAUCUCAGCCUCAUCCACACUUAUGA